AAUUCCAUCCCCUCUGGACCUCCACACUACCCCAGACCGCCUCUCCUCCAUUCACCCACCCGAAGGCUAGAGAAGCUGGUAUGGAGAGUAACAAUGUCAAAGGAAAAAAUCUGGAAAUAUUCGAAGUUGGCCCAUGUGAAAAUGCUUAUCAAAUGGGGUUCAUGAUAGGCCAGAGGUUCUCCAAAAUGAUAAAGAGCAGGUUGGCUACAGACCUUAUUCUGCAAAACCAACUCCUCCCUUUUGCUCAAACACCAAAAUCCCAGCCAAUCUUGCAAUCUCUAGCCAUCACUAACAAGAAAAAGUUCCCUGAAUACUGGGAUGAACUCUUGGGAACUGCAGAUGGAAGCGGCUCGCCAUUUCUUGAAAUAAUGCUUCUCAACUUCAGGAAGGAGAUACUUCCAUUCGUUCCGCAAACAACAGUGGAUUCGAAGAAUGAUGAUGAUACAAAUGAUGAUUGUUCUGAUAUUCUUCUUGUUAGUGAUUCCAUGGCUGUUGCAGCUCACAAUGAGGAUGCAAAUGUUGCGCUAGUUGGCCACACUUAUUUGAUCAAGGGAAUUCUGUCAAAUGGGAUUUCUUUCAUUGCUUACACAUAUGCAGGAGAGCUACCAAGUUGUGCUUUUGGGUUCAAUAGUCUUGGAAUGGCAUUUACACUGAAUUCAGUUCCUCCAACAGAGGAGGAGAUUGUAGCUGGUGCAAUAGGUCGAAACUUUGUCUCCAGAGACUUGCUCGAAGCACAAAGCAUAGAUGAUGCCUUGAAAAGGGUUCAUUCACCUGAAGUAUCCAUUGGUCAUAGUUACAAUGUGAUUGACAUAAGAACACGAAGAAUCUUGAACAUCGAAACGGCAUCAAGAAAUCGUUAUUCAAUCCGCGAAGUUGGGACAGAGCCAUUUUUCCAUGCCAAUAUGUACCUUCAUCUUCAUGUCCAGCAGGCGCAUGAUGAUAAUUCACUGUGUAGAGGGGAAAGAGCUGCUUUGCUCCCAAAGCGAUCAAAAAGUGAUUUUUUGUCACUACUUGGAAAUAACAAGGAUGCAAAGUAUCCCAUUUACAUGACAGGCCCAUUACUAUACACCCUAUGCACAGCAGUGAUAGAUCUAGAUGAACAAACCUUCUCAAUUAUGGAAGGGAACCCAAAGGAAACAGAGGCCUCAUUUGUUUUCUCAAUGUCUUUACGGCAAUAAUGAAGCAUUGGUACAAGGCCAAGCAUCAAAGUUGAAAACUUGAACUUGUGUUCCCAGUACUUCAUGCCUCAAGCUUAUCCAGAUGAGUUCAGCUUCACAUUUUCACUUCAGAACACAAAGUUCAGUCAAUGUCAACUAUCUGCAAACAUGUAAUCUACUCUUCUAGUUAUGAGCUGAAAUAUAAUUGGAUAAGCAGCAGUAGACUCAAAAAUUAAAGAUACUACAUUAAGAUGGGAUAGUCUCCUUUGAAAAAUUGUUCUAAGCCUUUUUCAGAACACAACUACAUUACAAUUCUAGAUAUUUUUUGUGAUU